AUGUAUCUCUCAAUGAACCAGAUGUUCCAGAUAAUGAAAGAUUACUCAGAUAUCCUUGUGAAAAACAUUCAGCGUUAUGUGGACAAAGAUGAGCCAUGUGCAACAAAGGAUGUGAUUGGAGCAUACAGCUUGGAUGUCAUGACCAGCACCUCAUUCAGUGUGAAUAUCGACUCCCUUAACAAACCAUCAGAUCCUUUUGUUAUUCACAUGAAGAAGCUCUUGACAUCUGGCUUGCUGAACCCAUUGAUAAUCUUAGUGGGUAAUUUGCUUUGAAAUUUCCCAAUCUCUUGCUUACUAAGACCAAGCAAAAUUAAUAGAUACUGCACUGUUAAAUUUCUAUUUUAACUAUGUUUCAAUUCUCUAUAUGAAAAUGGUAAGAGGAUACAUUUUCUAUCAAAAUAAAUUUUAAAGUACGUCUAUAUAUAUAUAUAUA